CACUCCCCAAAUACACCUUCAAUCAUUGGAUUGUAAUCCCAAGAUGGGUACUUGACAGAGCAAUCAAGCUCACCUCUAGCUCAAGCUCUCCAUCUUCUAUUUUAUAUCCUUCCUGGUGUUUUUUUUUUUGGAGUUGGAUCGGUUGAGGUGAAGAUCCUUGUGAAUGUGUGUUUCUCAAGUUGAAAUCGAGGAGAUUUAACAAUGAAAGAAACCAUGAUUCUGGAUUCUGCUGUGUUUCAGCUCACUCCUACUAGAACAAGGUGUGAACUACUUAUAUCGAGUGGUGGGGUGACUGACAAGUUGGCAUCUGGACUGCUGAAGCCAUUUCUAUUGCAUCUCAAGACGGCCGAGGAGCAAAUUGAAAAGGGUGGCUAUUCCAUUGUGUUGGAGGUGGCCAGUGGAGAUGCAAAAUCAUGGUUUACCAAGGGCACGCUUCAAAGGUUUGUUAGGUUUGUGAGCACCCCGGAGAUUCUUGAGAGAAUUACAACAAUCGAAAUUGAAAUUAUACAGAUUGAGGAAUCUAUUAAUGUCCAAUGUAACGAAGCUUCUUUGGCGGUUGUUGAAAAACCACCUAAAUCCAAUGCAAACGGAUCCACAGAAGGCAAAAAUGUGAUGGUUGAUUUAAACCUUGAGAGAUCAAUUGUUCCUUUUAAGCCAAGGAGAGAAUUGGUCAAUGAUAUCCCACCUGUACAAGGAGAAAGUUCAAAAGUUCAGCUUUUAAAAAUACUGGAGAGUCGUAAAAUAGUUUUACAGAAGGAACAAGGAAUGGCCUAUGCACAAGCAGCAGCCGCUGGCUUUGAUAAUGAACACAUGGCUGAUCUAGUCUUAUUUGCAGACUACUUUGGAGCUCUUCGUUUGAGAAAAUCAUGUUUGAACAUCAUGGAGAUGUACAAGAGAAAACAUGAAGCUGGGCUUUGGGUGGAGGAAAUGGAAAUGUCAGCUAUGGAGGAUAAUUCUGCUUUAUCUGAGGUGUCCUUUACGGGAGCUUCUGAGUUUAUGCUGAACAGUAACUCUGUUUGUCAGACUAAGAUUCAUGCUGCCAGUGAUGAUCCAAGUAAUAUAAAUGAAUUGAAACAAACAGCAGGCUUGCAAGGUCCAAAUGGGAACUACACAAACUUAAGCCAUAAUAGAGAUAAUGGGAUAUCCACAACAGCACAGGUUCCUAUGGGAAUAGCUGGAGGUAAUGAAAAUUUUCAACAGCCUGCAAUGCCUGUAUGGCUGGGUCAGCCUCCACAAUAUGUCCAGAAUUUCCAAUCUCAUAUGGUUGGGUCUGGACCUCCAGUGCAAGGUUUUCAUGGGAUUCCAGUUCAAGGAAUUCAAAUGGGUUCUCCAUAUUAUCAAAGUUAUUCUGGGAAUUCAUACUGGCCACAAUUCAAUCCUAUAUUUCAUCCACCCCUAAGGUCAGAGUCAAGUGGCAUGUCUACUGUGCCUGCAGGCUCAAAACAUUAUCCAACAGAUGGAACGGAAGUGGGAAGCCCAGGAAGUCUGAGAUCCGCCCCACAAUCUCAAGGCCUUAUGGACCAAGGUGGACAUUCUGAGCUAGAGAAAGAAUGUGAGGUUCGGCCUCUGAAGACCUCAAACGGAAGAUCCUCUAACCGGUCAGGUAAUAAGCACUCUGGCAUGGUUGUUAUUCGAAAUAUCAACUAUAUUACUUCAAAGGAACAUGAUGGAAUAUCAGAAAAAUCAGAGCCUGAGAGUGAUAGUGAUCCUGAAAUCGUAAUUGAUCUUUCUGAGAUAAAACAGAAGCAUGAAGGAGGAUUUUCAAGAAAAAAGGGGUCUCAUAAUAAAUUUUCUGAAAGUCAUAAUUCUAGUGAGAAAAAUGGAAAAUAUGAAGAGAACACAGACAAUGGAGGUGAAGAUGACAAUUCAAGCUGGCAAGUCUUUCAGACAUGCUUACUGAAAGACAGUGAAUCAUCACAAAAUAAAUCAAAGAAUGACAGCGGCAAUGCUAUUCAUGCAAAUGAACGAGCUUCAGUUGAGCCUGAAAUGGAUAUGAAAAUCAAAGAACAUAUGAUCACGGAAAAUACUGAUAUGCAAGCGAUCUUUGAACUAGAAGCCAACCAUGGUGAGUCAGGAAUCCGAAGUAAUAUGUCAAAGGAACCGUGGCUGCUCCCACAAAGGGGCUCAACCUGGGAUGAAAAACAUGCUGUAAUAGGUGAUGAGAAAGAUAAAUUAUCUAUUCAAAAGAAACCAGUUAUAGAUGACUCAAUUAUAAUUUCUGAAAAACACAGUGAAAUAAAAUUAGGUCAUACAGUUCGACAAUGGGAUACAGGUGACAAUAUUGAGCACACGAUUAAUAGGAAUGAUGAUCAUUUGCACCCAGGGAUACAGAAUGAACAGUAUUUAGUGGAUGAUUCUUUCAUGGUUUCAACCAGGUCUGCACCACAGGAGCAGGCUAAUAUUCAAUGGAAGACAGAGAUAAAUAUGGAUUUCGAGCUUCCACCCAUAGUUAAAGGAGAUUGUUCUUCCAAUGAUGUCCCUAAAAACAAGCCUGAAACUUCAAUUAGCUGGGAGCCAGCUGAUUUGUUAAUGGUGCCAGAGAGAAAUACUGAAAGAGAUUCUCUAGGUCAAUCAUGGCAUCCUGCCAUAGAUAAUGAUAUCCAGGAACUAGUCAACAUUGUUGAUCAAAAGUAUCCUGAUGCAGACCUCAAUAGUGAUGUGGGGGAGAAAGGCAUUCUCAAACAAAAUCAAAGUAAUUCAAAUGUCAAAGAACUUCCUGAAAUGAAAAGCAAGGAAGAGCAGUUGAGAGCAGCUGAAGAAGCUCUAGCAAAGAGGAAAGCUGGCACAACUACACGGAGUGGAAAAAAAACAAAGCCAAGUCCAUUGGCUGAAGCACAAUUACGUGCUGAAAAGUUACGUGCCUUUAAAGCUACCUUACAAAAGACCAAAAAAGAGAAGGAAGAGGAGGAUAGGAAACGAAUUGAAGAUCUAAAGAUGCAGAGGCAGAAAAGAAUUGCAGGAAGAACAAAUUCAAUUGGAAGUAAAUCAACACCCAGCAGUCAAUCCUCAAAGCAGCAACUAGGGAAGCCUACAACAACUGGGAAUUUAUCAUUAAGUAUGCAAAAAGACCGAGCUUCUAAUAAUCUAAGUACUGCACGUUCUCUCCCUCGGCCAAUCACAAAGAUUUCCAAUGAAGCAAUCAAUAGAUUGAGUUCACAUAAAUCAAAGGCAUCUGGGGAUUCUCUUAGUCAAUCUGUUUCUGCUCGGGUUGCUCUCAGAAAGGAAAGUUCUAUUGUCUCCAAACAAGUACGAUCAGUUGUUCAAGCAAAACAGAUUCCACCCAACUUGAAGAAUAAUAGUAACCAACCUGUUCAAAAGGUUUCCACUGGUAAGGCAAAUCAGUUGAGCUCCAAUGAAUUGAAUGUAUUGAGAAAAGAAAACAAAGAAAAUGGCAGUAUGUCUGAUGUCAAGAAGAGCAGCAACCAAGGUUUAAAUCUACAGCAAGGGACAGAAGCUGGCAAAUUUAAAACCAAUGAGGCCAUGUCAAAUUCAACUCCGUCAGAUAACUCUGAUUUGAAUAAAAAGUCAGCUGUAGCAAGAACAAGCACACAAUCAGCAAAUACAACAGAGGGUUCCCAAGAAAUUCACCCAGAUUUGAAUAAGGAGGUAGGAAAACAAGCCCUUCCCAGCAGUGGAGGAAUUAAUAUGGAUAAUGGUGUCAAAAAAUUUAAGUCUAUAAAGAGUACGGAUGGCCAUGUACAUAAUAACAAUUCUGGAUUACAAAUCCGAGAAAAUUCUCAGCUUAUGAAAUCAGACUCCUCCAAGGUAACAGAAAUAAAAGACCAUGUUAAAGUUUCUGUACAGGCUUAUGAUUCUAGAGUGAAAGAAGAUAAAUCAACCAAUUCAGGGCAUUUUGCCACUCAAAAAUCUACCGUUACUAAUGUUAAGCAGCCAGGAGAGAAUAAACAGUCAACACUGGAAGGUUUAGUAGAUGAUGGAUUUGAAAUUAUCAAGGUCUCUGAAGCUUAUACAAAUUCUCUGACUGAGGUGGCUAAGUCAGGCUCUCCCAAUUCGAAGCAAUUAAAUCAACAAGGAAGCUUCAAAAUUUCAUCUUUUGUUCUUGAGAGAUGUAAUCCUGAGUUAAAUGAUAAAGCACCGAAUGCCACUGUCUCAUCUCUUAAUGAUUCACCUUCCAAGAGUUUCAAGUUCUGUACUUCCAAUGUACCUGCCACACCUGAAAUUGGUAUUCCUAGUGAAGAAGUGUUUACUCCAAAGCUAAAUGUUUUUGGAUCUAACGACCCUCGUGUCAUUUCUUCCACUCCUCCAAGUGCAAGUCCAGAUUUACAGAGCAUACACAAGUCUGCACCAGAAAAAUUUCCUGUAGCUGAUGAUGGUAAAUCAGAUCCAACAAAUUCACGUAAAAGAUGGGGGAACUCAGAGAACAGUGCCAAAGGUUUGAAAAGAUUUCUAUUGUUUGGCCGAAAGCCACGAAGUUCUAUGGCCCCUUCUGCAGAUGUAGUAUCAUCCAUGGCAACAACCCAAGUCUAAAAGGAGAGUAGCCAUUUUGUAACAGAAUUGGCGGGAAAUGUGGUGGAGAAUCAAGAUGUUGAGCAUUUGGAUUGAACUCACCUCUAUAGCUAAGAGUGGUGGUCUGGAUUACUUGCAAUGACUUUGUACCAUUCAGUUUAUUGUUUUCUCGUUCAGCUGAGCUCUUUAGUCCUGAUGAUAAAUGUUGACUAGACUAGUGAUUCUUUUGAUCAAAUGGGAAGCUGCCAAAGCCUUCACGAGUAGAUCUAUUUUAUUGUAAAAUAAGCACAUUAUGCAGGAAAGAAUUGUUGAAUGCAUCAAUGCUACUGUGUGUGUAUGUAUUGUAGUCUAUAGACAUGGUCUUAGUUUUUUGUUAUUUAUGGUGGUUGAGUUUCCAUCGUCAUGUUUCAUGGUCUUUUUCUGUCAUGGAGAAGAUCAUCAUAGUAUACAAGGUAAUUUUAUCAUAGUAUUCCAUUCAGCUA